AUGCCGCCGCGACCCAAGGGCAAGGCUAAGGCCAAGCCGGCCGCUGUCGCUCCCCCCAACCUCAACUCGAACACGCCGAUCUACUCCGACUUCGAGACGAAGCUGGCCAAGAUCAAGGGGCACCCGCUCUUAGCGAACAUCGAGGAUGAGUCCGUGCUGACCAUCCCGCAGGGCGGCAGGAUGGCCCCUUUCGACGCGCAGAACUACAAGACGUGCAUGGAGCAGAACAGCGAAUAUCAGUGCGCAGGCAACUUCUUUUGGCAGAACGUGAUGGUAUCACCUACGCCGUCUGUCACCAUCCUCAAGAAGAAUAUCCGCGACGUCGGCAAUAUGAACUACCCCGACCCCUCGCAACCAGUGCGCUUCAUCCCUCACACGAUCAACAUCGGCAUCCCUUCCGUCGACUUCGACCCGACGGCGCACAUGGGGAGCCUCUCGCGCAUCUCGCCGUGCGAGUACGUGCUCGCAGCGAUCGACCGCUGCUCCAUGGCAAUCGACGCUGAAGCUGAUGAUGCUACGAUCUUGAGCUGGAAGGCGUCUUUCCGUUCGUGUCACUUCAUCUUCAAGGCUAGGGCGUCGCCAAAUCCGCCCCGUCUUGGGCCUCAGGACUGCCUGGCCCAAGCUGGGAUGGGCCAGGGCUGGCCUUGGCGUUGGUUUGGGUCGGCCCCGAAGUUGAUCGACAUUGAAAACAUCCGUUUCGAGUCGAUGAACCUCCGCGAGAAGGCCAUCGGCGACGCAGCAACAGUCACAUGGACAGCCCUGCAGAAAGUGCAGAUAGUCAUGAACGAGGCCGCGAGGAUGCAACACCCCAGUGCCAAAAAGGUUGCUGCUCAGUUCGAGAAGAGGGUUAACUUCGCUCCCAGCUCUGAAAAGUUCGCUGAAGGAUUCGUGGACGCGGCGAUGACCAUCAACAACAGGAUGCUGAGCAUCCCGGCAUGCAGGGUGCUGCUGACCAAACUCGACAACGACAUGGGCACCAACGGCCCUCUGAACUCGGUCUACAAGCUCCAAGCGAUCGUGUCUAAAGGCCGGACGUCGGCCGCCAUCGAGAACAUCACUACCUACCUGGUGUUUGGGUUCGAGUGCGGCCACUACGAGAUCGAAGACCUAUCCGUGAGCAAGCUGCGCAAUGGCCAAGUGGAGCUGAUGAUACUCAAGAGGAGCAUGCUGUCCUACUUCAUGGACGUGUCGUUUCACGAGCUGGGCUUCCCGCCCGACGACGUCAGCCUGAUCCGGCGCAGCUACCAGGACACGGAUGCGGUCAAGGCCUGGGCCAAGGCCCCCACAAACGAGAGGCAGCCAGAUCUCUUCUGGAAGGCUAGCCUUUGCAAGCCCUCGAACCUCUUCAGCGAGUUCAUUGAGAGCAUGGUGUACGACGUCAAGUACGACGCCAACCUGAAGCACGCCUUGAAGUAUAGCAAGACGCCGCAAAAUAUCCUCAGCGACUACCAGGGAAUCGAGGAGACCUACAACGAUACCCUGGCGGAACUCGAGAAGUUCAACGCGCAGAGGGCGGUCAGCGGCUCCGACCCCAGGGGCAGGGUCGCCGAUGCCCCCGAGGAAGCGGAGCCAGAGACACUCGACACCAAGGAGCGGCUGGGCAAGCAGCUGGGCGAAGUCAAGGAUGCGAUUGACGCCGCA